AUGGUAUGGAAUCAAUUAGAUAUUUCAAAACCACAUAUUGCUUAUGCAAUUCUCGGUUGUUUUACGUCUCUUUUUAUGCUUGUUUCACUUUUUAUUAAGCAGAAAUUGUAUAUUGGGGAAGCAAUGGUAGCAACAGUUAUAGGUAUUAUUUUUGGACCCUAUUCUAUUAAUAUAUUUGACCCUGGAUCAUGGGGAAAUGUUGAUUAUAACACUCUUGAGCUUUCUCGUAUUGUUUUGAUUGUUCAGGUUUUUGCUGUUGGUGUAGAAUUACCUAAGGGAUAUGUAUUGAAACAUUGGAGGAGUCUUGUUAUGCUAUUAUGUCCUGUUAUGAUUCUUGGAUGGGUCAUUACAAGUACUAUUAUGUAUUUACUGAUACCAUAUCUUUUUUUUGUUGAAGCUUUAAUACUAGGCGCAUGUGUUACUGCAACGGAUCCUGUUCUUGCUUCUUCUAUAGUAGGAAAAGGAGAAUUUUCUAAAAGGAUUCCUGGACAUAUUCGAAAUAUUUUAUCAUGUGAAUCUGGAUGUAAUGAUGGGUUUGCUCUUCCUUUUUUGUUUAUUGGAUUACAGUUGUUAAUAGACUCUUUUGGAAUAAAAACUAUUAGUAAUUUUUUUCUUGUAAAAAUAUUCUACGAAGUUGUUUUUGGUUGUAUUUUAGGGUCUUUUAUUGGAAUUUUGGGUCGGAAAGCUGUAAGAUUUGCAGAAAAGCAUAAUUUAAUUGAUAGAGAAUCAUUUCUUGUGUUUUAUUUUGUGUUAUCAUUAUUUUGUGCUGGAAUUGGAACUUUAAUAGGAAUAGAUGAUUUGUUGGUUAGUUUUUCUGCUGGAACUGCAUUUUCAUGGGAUGGUUGGUUUUCAAAAAAAACAGAAGAAUCUCAUGUUUCUAAUGUUAUUGAUUUGUUGCUUAAUCUUGCAUUUUUUGUAUAUUGGGGUGCUAUAAUACCAUGGAAACAAUAUAAUACACCUGAACUUGGAGUAACUCCAUUAAAAUUGUUCAUUAUUGCAACUUGUGUGUUACUUUUUCGACGUAUUCCCGCUAUUCUUUUAUUAAAACCUUUAAUUCCUGAUCUUCAUACUUGGAGGGAAGCUUUUUUUUGUGGACAUUUUGGCCCAAUGGGUGUAGGUGCUAUAUUCGUUUCUAUUUUAGCUCGUGCAGAAUUAGAAACUAGGACUAAUGAGCCCUUGGAUAAGCUUCCUACUGACCCAGUUACUCCUUAUUAUAGGUUAAUACGGAUAAUUUGGCCUGUUACAUCAUUCUUAGUACUGUCAUCGAUAAUUGUACAUGGUUCUUCUGUUGCAAUUUUUACUCUUGGGAAGCAUUUGAAUUCUUUUUCGUUUACAACAACAUAUACUCAAAAUAACCAGGGUCCGAGUUGGAUGAAUUGUCUUUCAAAGUUUGAAAUUGUGCGUCCUGGAAUAUUUAGAAGAAAUUCAGAAAAAUAUAUUGGAUAUAACAUAAAAAGAAAAUUAAACAAAGAAAGAUCUAAUAGUGAUCCAACUAAGUUUUCUACUUUUGAUAAGCUUGUAUCACUUGAAAAUGGAUACAUUUUUGAUAUAGAUAUUGAACAAAAGGAUAUAUUUCUUUGUUCAUCUUCACCUGUAUUUGAUGAAGCAUUGCAGCAGAGUAAUAUCGGUUUUCAAAGAUUGAAUAAUAAUAUAUAG